CAGCCCAGCUGCUCGCCGCGACGCAGGCAGACCAAGGCGGCUGCAGCCGGGGUCGGGGCGCCAUGCGGGGGGCCGGGAGGCGGAGGCUGGUGACCGGGCAUCCCGGCGCUCGGGCGUCUGCCCGGCCCGCGUCCGCGCGGGGCCACAUGGCUCGGGUCCGCGCGCUGCUGUCCUGCCUGCUGCCCUGGUACUGCGCACUGGGCGCCGCCGCGGGCAGCCAGACCCCAGAACUGCACCUCUCUGGGAAGCUCCACAACUAUGUUGUGACUGUGCCCUGUAGUACGGAUCCUCAUGGUCGCUUCCUCUCCCAUGUGCUGUCUGGCCCUGCAGCAGCCUCUUCAGGGAGCCACCUCCGGGUGGCACGAAGCCCCUUGAGCCUGGAAGGAGAGACCCCGAGGCCUGGUGGGCCAAGGCGCCACUUCCUCUACUUCAAUGUGACUGUCUUUGGGAAGGAGCUACACUUGCACCUGCAGCCCAACCGGAGGUUGGUAGCACCGGGGGCCUCAGUGGAGUGGCAGGAGGACUUUCAGGAGCUCUUCCGGCAGCCCUUACAGCAGGAGUGUGUGUACACUGGAGGCGUCACCGGAAUGCCUGGGGCAGCUGUUGCCAUCAGCAACUGUGAUGGAUUGGCUGGCCUUAUCCACACUGACAGCACUGACUACUUCAUCGAGCCUCUGGAGCGAGGGCAACAGGAGAAAGAGGCUGGUGGGAGGACACACGUGGUAUACCGUCGGGAAGCCAUCCAUCGGGAGUGGGCAGAGCCUCAUGAGGACCUUCACAAUGAAGCCUUUGGCCUUGGUGACCUUCCCAACAUGCUGGGCCUGGUGGGGGACCAGCUGGGUGACACAGAGCGGAAGCGGCGGCAUGCCAAGCCAGGCAGCUACAGCAUCGAGGUGCUGCUGGCAGUGGACGACUCGGUGGUUCGCUUCCACGGCAAGGAACACACACAGAACUACGUCCUCACGCUCAUGAACAUUGUGGAUGAGAUUUACCACGACGAGUCCCUGGGGGCCCAUGUGAACAUUGCCCUUGUCCGCUUGAUCAUGGUGGGCUACCGACAGUCUCUGAGCCUGAUUGAACGUGGAAACCCAGCACGAAGCUUGGAGCAGGUGUGUCGAUGGGCACACUCCCAGCAGCGCCAGGACCCCAGCCACACUGAGCACCAUGACCACGUCAUCUUCCUCACCCGGCAGAACUUUGGCCCUUCAGGUAUGCAAGGAUAUGCACCUGUCACUGGUAUGUGCCACCCCCUAAGAAGCUGUGCCCUCAACCAUGAGGAUGGUUUCUCCUCGGCUUUUGUGGUGGCUCAUGAGACUGGUCAUGUGCUCGGCAUGGAACAUGAUGGCCAGGGGAAUGGCUGUGAUGAUGAGACUAGCCUGGGCAGUGUCAUGGCACCACUGGUGCAGGCUGCCUUCCACCGCUUCCACUGGUCCCGCUGCAGCAAGCUGGAGCUCAGCCGCUACCUCCCCUCCUAUGAUUGCCUCCUCGAUGAUCCCUUUGAGCGUACCUGGCCUGAGCCCCCUGAGCUGCCUGGGAUCGAUUAUUCCAUGGAUGAGCAGUGCCGCUUCGACUUUGGCACCGGGUACCAAACCUGCUUGGCCUUCAGGACCUUUGAGCCCUGCAAGCAGCUGUGGUGCAGCCAUCCUGACAAUCCAUACUUCUGCAAGACCAAGAAGGGGCCCCCGCUGGAUGGGACUGAGUGUGCACCAGGCAAGUGGUGCUUCAAAGGUCACUGUAUCUGGAAGUCUUCAGAGCAAACUUAUGGCCAGGAUGGAGGCUGGAGUUCCUGGACCAAGUUUGGCUCCUGUUCUCGGUCAUGCGGAGGUGGAGUGCGAUCCCGCAGCCGGAGCUGCGACAACCCCCCCCCAGCCUAUGGAGGUCGCCUGUGCUCAGGGUCCAUGUUUGAGUACCAGAUCUGCAACAGCGAGGACUGUCCUGGACCUUUUGAGGACUUCCGGGCCCAGCAGUGUGCCAAGCGCAACUCCUAUUACACCCACAAGAAUGCCAAGCACAGCUGGCUGCCCUACGAGCCUGAUGAUGAUGCCCAGAAGUGCGAGCUCAUUUGCCAGUCUGCAGACACAGGAGAUGUGGUGUUCAUGAACCAAGUGGUCCAUGAUGGGACACGCUGCAGCUACCGGGACCCGUACAGUGUCUGUGCUCGUGGCGAGUGUGUGCCCUUUGGUUGCGACAAAGAGGUGGGAUCCAUGAAGGCAGAUGACAAGUGUGGUGUCUGCGGCGGGGACAACUCUCACUGCAGGACUGUGAAGGGGACACUGGGCAAGGCCUCAAAGCAGGCAGCUCUCAAACUGGUGCAAAUCCCAGCGGGUGCCAGGCACAUCCAGAUCGAGUUGCUGGAGAAGGCUCCCCAUCGCAUUGCGGUGAAGAACCAGGUGACCGGCAGCUUCAUCCUCAACCCUAAGGGCAAGGAAACCUCGAGCAGGACUUUCACGGCACUGGGCCUGGAGUGGGAACACACAGCAGAGGACACCAAGGACAGCCUCAAGACCAGCGGGCCCCUGCCUGAAGCCAUCACCAUCCUGGUGCUUCCCCCUGCUGAGGGUGGCCCCCGUGGCAGCCUGGCCUACAAGUACAUCAUCCAUGAGGACCUGCUGCCCAUCAUCGGGAGCAAUAAUGUCCUCCUUGAGGAGACAGACACCUACGAGUGGGCACUCAAGAGCUGGGCUCCCUGUACCAAGGCCUGCGGAGGAGGAAUCCAGUUCACCAAAUAUGGCUGCCGGCGCCGCAGGGACCAUCACAUGGUACAGCGGCACCUGUGUGACCACAAGAAGAGGCCCAAGCCCAUCCGUCGGCGUUGCAACCAGCACCCAUGUCCCCAGCCCGUGUGGGUAGCAGAGGAGUGGGGUACCUGCAGCCGGAGCUGUGGGAAACUGGGGGUGCAGACUCGGGGUGUGCAGUGUCUGCUGCUCCUCUCUAAUGGCACCCACAAGGCCAUGCCAGCCAAGGCUUGCCUCAGUGACCGGCCAGAAGCCAGGAGGCCCUGCCUCCGUGUGCCUUGCCCUGCCCAGUGGCGGACAGGAGCUUGGUCCCAGUGCUCUGCCACCUGUGGAGAAGGCAUCCAGCAGCGGCAGGUGGUGUGCCGGACCAUCACUCUUGGGCAGUGUGAGGGGGACAAGCCAGACACUGUGCAGUUCUGCAGCUUGCCUGCCUGCGGAGAUGCCCAGAACUCCACAGUGAAGGCUGAUAUCUGGUACCCUGUGACCACAGAGGGCCAGUGGGAACCAAAGUCUGGAUCCCUGCCUCCCACGAACAAGAUCUCAGCAACAGAGCCCUGCAUGGGGGACAAGUCCAUCUUCUGCCAGAUGGAGGUGCUGGAUCAAUACUGUGCUAUCCCUGGCUACCACCGACUGUGUUGUGAGUCUUGUACCAAGAAGACAGACCCCAAGAUCAGCCUGGACCCCAACCUGGCCUCACUACCUACCUUCUCCACUCCUGGAAGCCCCUCACCAGAACCGAAGGCCACCCCAGAGGCUGUGGAAUCUAUGAAGGGGCCAGCAGGACCUGAAGACCAUCAGCAAGGCCAACCCACACAGCUCCCAGGACCACUGGAUAGGAACUCCUUAGUAACUCAGAGUCCCUUCACCUCCCAGACAUCAAGCCCUAGAACAUUUUGGGGUACCUCUCCUGUCACCCCACAGGGACCACCUUGGGGCUGGACCCAAGCAGCUGUGUCAGCCUCUGAGGGUCAAGGACAGCCCAGGGAGGAUCCAGGAUCUAGGGACACCAGCCUUCUGCCACCUCCCCUGUGACCUGAACCCUUUCUGCCAGUUACCUUUACAGUCUGCAUGUGGUGACCCCAGCACAGUGGACACUCACGGGGACAGGAACUUGCACAGAUUUCCUUUUAAAUUAUUUGCCCUCUUGUUCUGUUUGGGGCUGCGAUGCUCUUUAUCCCAUGACAGGGUGGGAAGAAGAGAGAGAUCAGGGACCGCCCUAACAGGAGAUACCUCAGCUAGCAGAGCCCAUGCUCCACCUCUCAGGGGUCCCUUUGAUCUCUCCUGCCAGGACCUAGGGUCAGUAAUGCCCUUUCCCAUAGCCACUGGCCCUGGGCAGGGCUGAAGCUCACAUGAGGCCUGUCAGAGCUGCCUACUUCCCAUGACUUUGCCUACCAGGGAGCAC